AUGAACGAUCUUCUAUCCCGCUCCUUUUCCGCCGGUCGCAACGGUGAUAUUGAGAUGGGGAACGCCGCCGAUGGCGACGGUACGAACCUCGACAAGUUCUUUGAAGAUGUGGAGGCGAUAAAGGAGGAGCUCAAAGGUCUUGAGUUACUUCACGAUCAACUUCAAUCGUCGAACGAGGAGAGCAAAACCCUACACAACGCUAAAUCCAUCAAAACCCUACGAACGAAGAUGGACAACGACGUCGCUUUGUCUCUGAAGAAAGCGAAGCUUAUUAAGAAUCGUCUAGAAGUCCUAGACCGUUCCAAUGCAUCCAACCGGAAUCUCCCCGGCUGUGGUCCGGGGACCUCCACCGACCGGACACGAACCUCCGUCGUCAACGGCCUUCGUAAGCAGCUCCAGACGUCGAUGAAGUCCUUCAACGAGCUCCGUCAGAAAAUGACCGCCGAACACCGGGAAACCGUUCAGAGAAGGUACUACACCGUCACCGGCGAAAACGCGGAUGAAGCUACAGUCGAUAACCUAAUCUCAACAGGACAAAGCGAGACUUUUCUACAGAAGGCGAUUCAGGAGCAAGGAAGAGGACAGGUGAUGGAUACAGUGCUUGAAAUUCAGGAACGACACGACGCCGUUACAGUGAUCGAGAGAAACCUUAAGGAGCUUCACCAAGUUUUCAUGGAUAUGGCUGUGCUUGUGGAACAUCAAGGAGCGCAACUCGAUAACAUCGAGGAUCAUGUCAACAGAGCCAACUCGUACGUGACUCGUGGAACUGUUCAAUUGAAUGAAGCCAGGAAGAAACAAAAGAACACACGAAAGUGGACUUGUUAUGCGAUCCUUCUGUUACUGAUUAUCAUCGCCAUCAUCGUCUUGUCCAUUAGACCAUGGAAGUAG